AUGGAGGAGUACUGUGGCAGGAGCGUCGCUCAGAUGGAGGAGCAGAUCGCGGAGGCCGCCGGGGAUCAGAUGGCUGCCAUAAAAAACCACUUUAACAACAUAAAUCAAGUGGGCUAUGGCGAUCGAAGAGGAGAACUGGCGCAGAACGAAGAGAACCGCGAGGCAGCCCACCACAUCGCCAAUGAAAUCAACGAGAAUAACAUCGAAGAAAUAAUCGACGAUGACCGCGGCCCACCGAACGGUUCUUUUAUUUUCGAGAAAAAAGCGCAUCGCGUUUUUAGCCAGUUUGAUGCACGGCCACAAAAAGAAACCGAUUUCAUAGGCUUCUCAAUAAUAUCAACCGAGGGCACAUCUGCAGAAGUUCCUCUCGUCCGCAAAAAUCAAAUCACCAGAGAGAUGAUAGCAUCGCAGCUGGAAAAAGUGGCCCAGUCGUCGCGCGAGUUUGUAAUAUCAGGAGUGUUCUCUCUCGAAAUGACCACCGUGUCAGAUGUGGAAGGCUACGGGAGACGACUCAAAAGAAAUGCGGAGGUUCUCGCCCUCCACACGAAAAAUAACAAGCCGCGUAACCUCAAGGUCCGGGACGAGAGAACACUACUAACAUUUGCGGAUUUCGAGACUUCCGCCGAGGAGCACAAGCUGGAAGCAACUGGUUGGAAAGUCUAUCACAGAGUCAACGUUGCCUGCAGCCAGACAACAUGCCACCGUUGCAGAGAUACCGAAUUCGAGCCAGGAUCCGCACCCUGUCACAUGUGUGGCCUUCGGGAAAUAAUCAUCAGCGACUUUGGUGCACCUACGAGAGUUAACGUAAUAAAGAAUUUCAUUCAAAAAAUGCACGAGAAAAGUAGAAACGCAAGGGAUGAGCAGGGGAAAAAAAUCGGAAUGAUGGACCAUUAUAUCAUGUUCCACAACCUGGGCCUGUUCGACGGGUGCUUCGUGCUUAAUGAGAUCUUCAGGACGUGCGAGUGGCAAGUACUGUCGGUGAUAUUAAGCGGGCGGCGAAUACUGAAGCUUCAAAUCGAAAAUGCCUACACGAAAGCGCGCAUGACUUUCCUAGAUUUCCUGCAGUUCGUGCCUUUCCCACUCGAGAAAAUGCCGAAAGCAUUCAGACUUGAAAAGAGCUGCAAAGGAUUUUUCCCCCACUGCAUGAAUAAAAUUGAAAAUUAUGGAUAUGAUUCUGUCGAGAUGCCUGAUGUCGAAUUGUUCGCACCGGAUAACAUGAACAACGAGAGGCGUGGAUUAUUUUUGCCCUGGCACGCUGACGAGCAGCGAAGAUUGCGAGAAAAGAACGAAAAAUAUAAUUUUCAAACCGAGAUUCUCAAAUACUGCAGCUUGGACGUAACCAUAUUAAGAAUGGCGGCACUUAAGUUCAGAAAAUUCUUCACGGACUUUGACUGCGAGCCAUUCAUCGAGACCAUGACGCUCCCUGCCCUGGUGAGCAUAAUUUACAGGCGAAACUUUUACGCAGAUUCCAGCAUAGGCCUCUUGCCCCUUAGCGAUUCGUAUCGGUCUAUGCAGAGCAAGGAGGCCUACAAAUUCAUUCGUUACUUGGAGACAGUCUUGAAAAUAACUGAUCUGCAGCAUAGCGGCAACGGGCGAGAAAAGGUCAUCGCUGGGGCGCCUGUAGACGUAUACCACCCAGCAUCCAAGCGCAUAUAUCAGUUCCACGGAUGCUAUUGGCACGGAUGCAAAAAGUGCUUCACAGAACGGGCAAAUUACGGCGUUGGCCGCCAUUAUGAAACCAUUGCUGGUAGAAGAAUCGCGACAGAAGCGCGAACAAGACAUCUCAGACAACUUGGGUUCACGGUGAUUGCGAUGAAAGAAUGCCAGUGGAAGAGGAUGAUGGCACGAUCACCUCUGGUUUACAGAAUGUUAUCUAAAGAUCCUCUAGUAGUGAGGGGUCAGCUCAGAGCACGCGAUUGCUUGUUCGGCGGCCGCACUAACUGUGUGAAAUUUCACUGCGUGCCAGCACCAGACGAAGAGAUUUUGUAUCUCGAUGUUUGCAGCCUGUACCCGUCGGUGCAGAAAUAUUGCAGGUACGUGAUGGGCCAUCCUACAGUGAUAACAGACAAUUUUCCGCCGUUUGAAGACCUCUGCGGCUUCGUUCACUGCAAGGUGGUAGCCCCGCAGGCUCUUUACCAUCCAGUUCUCCCGCAGAAGAUAAACGGCAAGUUGCUGUUUCACCUCUGCUCGCGCUGCGCUACGGAAAAAUCACAAACCUUUUGCACGCACAACGAAGAGGAACGAGCUUUCUGCGGUUCGUGGACGACAUUCGAGCUCCAGCUAGCCUUGAAGUUCCGCUACAAAAUCGUCCAAAUGUUCGAAGUGUGGCAUUACGAUCAAACGACACGCCUAGGAGAGGAUGGCCAGGGCCUUUUUGUAUCGUUCGUUGAUACGUUUCUCCAGAGAAAACAAGAGGCAUCCGGCUGGCCCUCAGAGCAGAUGACCGAGGAAGACAAAACCGAGUUUCUUGAGUCUUAUCGGCUGAAUGAAAACGUCACUCUUGAUCCGAACAACAUUGGCCGCAAUGAGGUUGUUCGAACUGUGGCGAAACUCUGCCUUAACUCACUAUGGGGCAAAUUUGGUCAGCGCGUGCAGCAGAAAACCUCGAUUGUGGGGACAAGAAACGAGAUCCUCCGACUCCUUUCGGCCCCAAACGUAACGGUGAAUUCGAUCCUCCCCGCCGGUUCAAAAAUGCUGGUAAACUAUGAAGACGACGACAACGUCCAGUCCAACGUGAACUGCCUGAUUGCCGCAUUAGUUACCUCGCACGCCCGGAUAGUUCUUUACCAGAUGCUACACAUUUUAGGAGAGCGAGUGCUCUACUACGACACGGAUGCGGCCAUAUUCCUCCAGAAGAAGGGGGAAAAACUCCUGAAGACCGGACCCUUCUUGGGCUGCCUCACGAACGAGAUGGAGUCGUACGGGGAAGGGGCUAAAAUUGAAAAAUUCGUAGCACUCGGACCGAAAGACUACUGCAUCAGAGUAGGGCUCGGCGACGGGACAACUCGAGAAGUGAGAAAACUGAAAGGCAUAACCCUCCGCCACAACAAUCGCGCCGAAACAAGCAUGGACGCGAUGGAGCAUUCCGAGAAGGUGCUAAAGUUAAAUUACGACAAGCGUGCGAGAGUCUCUCAAUACGACACCGUGCCUUGGGGAACAAAACAAGGUGCUCUCGAGCUGCAGCCAGAUCCGAGUAUCGAAAUCGAAGAUUGGACUCACAGAAACUUUGCUGCAUAA